ACAUCCAUCUUCACCCAUGGAUUGUUCAACUGUUUAUUCAACUCACCUUGAAGGUGAAGGAAGUGAUGCUAAUGUCGAUCCUUUAACCACAGAUACUGAUGGAUCGAUGAGGCAUCGUGGACCUACAAGAGGUUUGGAGAUUGACGAACAUGUGGGUCGUUAUGGGAGAAUACCCAUAAUCAUCGAAGAAGAAGAUGAAAAACCCACUGAUGAAAACGCGCAGAAACUUUCUAGUGAAUGUGGAUGUAUAGUGCGCCAAUUUGCUCCUUUACAAGUUCAGAAAUGGAGCAAGAUUCCAGUGAACGACAGAAAAGCUUUGUUUCCCUACCUGUUAAACAAAUUUGACAUUGAAAUCUCUGCGCCACAUAUCUGUAAGUUCCUGAAUCACAAUAUGGGAAGAAGGUAUGCAGACUACAGACAUGAUCUUCACCUACAGUACCGAAAAUCAAAAUCACUAGCCAAAGCACAAGCAGAGUUCCCUAACCUCUCGGAAGAAGAUUGGAAUUAUCUGUGUACUCAGCUUUUCAACACACCAGAAUUUCAGAGUCCAGACGAACUGGUUUUGUAA